AACAUGUCCAUUGAAUUGUAACGAGGUUAGAUGGUGAAGUGAUGCGUUCGUGUAAAUACGUAUGUUUUUGUGCAAUAGUGCUUGGAUGGCUGCUGUCAUUCAUAACCGCCCAAUCUGAACCGUUCAAUGUUACGGAGCCUAUGAACGUUGGAAAUGAAUCAGUUGGUCAUGAAAAGGAGACCAACAGUAGCAUGUCUCUUUACGAAAUACCGGUACCGUACCAUAAUUCAAUCGAUCUGGGAAUUGACUUAAACGUCACGCAGGAGCUAAAUUCCAGCUCAGCUACGAAUAGCUUUGGGCAUGUAAACAUUACUACUACUACUACUAUUUUUCCCGAGUUUAGUGCGUUUAAUGACACACCCAGAUUGCGUAUCAAACCGGGCCCAGACCCUUCUAUCCCCGCUGACUAUUACACAUUCAAUGAGCUUGACUAUCCUAAGCCCUCGCCUCCCACCGAUGACUAUUAUGAGCAGCUGAUAGCUGCAGCAAAAAACAGCACUGCAUCCAACCCACGCAUUCCUCCCAUUACGGAUCACAUCGCUCCCGUCAAUUUUUCGUUAAUGCAAGGAGCACAGCUUUUUGCAUACAGUCCAGUAAACCACAACUUCCCCGUAAUACCACUGUCCAAUCGAUCUCCUGCGAGUAGUGCUCGAACUGAAGAGGGAAAUUCAACAAACACAAGCAUAAUUCGACCCUACCCAAUGUUAUCGGGUGUGGCCAACGGCAUACAGCCUAGAAUGCGCAGUCCACCACUCAUGGCCGUACCAAACACGGAGAGCACUACAACAGUGUCUACAAAGCGAACGACCACGAAACCGAAAGCUACCAAGAAGUCGACAAGCUCCACCAAGAAAAGAACGUUGACUACACGGCGCGGAAAACUGGCAACGGCCACUAGAAGCACUACCACCGCGAGCGGUACGAAGCGGUUCCGGGCGGCAGUACAGCGGCGUCCAAUCGGGACGGCAUCUCGCGUUCGCAGCAGUUCUACUACAACGAAGAAAGCCUUCCGUUCGAAGGUAGUGACACCGAGCCGUAAGCAGUUUCGGCAGUUGCGCCGCACACGGACGACUCGUCGCCGGCGACCAACGAAGCAGCGCCGGUUCCGUACCAUGGCCCGUACUAAACCGACAAUCAGGCAGCGGCCCAUCGCUAGGCCACGGUUUCGUAGUGCCAACCAAAGGCCACGAGUUGUUCAGCCUGGGUUGUUUGAGUAUGAUUUUAUCUACUUCUAAAGCAUAACCAUCCAGCGGGAGUAGUUAUACAAUACUGCAGAAAUAAAGACUAGGAAGACUAGUUACAUCGUAUUGCCGUCAGAUGGCGGCGCUGUUUGAGUGUAUGCAGUAAUGACGUAAUGACGAAUAAAAGGACUAACACUCGAUAAAAAGCUGAUUGAAUGCCUUUCAACUCCAACAUUUUAGUCAAAUUAGCUCAAUGUCUGUUGUCUUCAUUGCGUAGCAACCAGCCUGUGCAUUCAGCCGUCCCAACAAUCAACGAACAUAUCGCACCUUUGUCGCAAUGCAUAUCUUUGACAACAAAUCGAAAGCCUUCUUAUCAUCUUAUCAUCAACUGCAGCAACUUUCUAUUCUUCACUCCGCUUGCUACCGCGUUUGAGUUCUUCGCUAGUGCAAGGGAAAAUAGUUGUGUUGUUGAAAAUAGACUCCCCCACGGCCCGGGAAGGUCGUACAUGCCGUCCCGCAACUACGCCUACGGUGGCU